GCCCCCCACCUAGGGAAGGGGGAGACGGAAAUGGAGGGGAUCUCCGCGGACCCGCUCGCCCCCGGCCGGGCGCCGGCUGGAGAGCGCGUUAAGGGCAGAGCCCGGGGCGGUGGUCGCCGGGGAGGUCGAAGCUAGGGCUCCGACCCGCAGCUGGAGCAGGGUCGCUGCGGCCCGCUGACCGGCCGGUGUUUGUGUAUAUGUGCCCGCGCAGGGAGACAUGGAGAACUGUUUGGCGGCCGCGGCGCUGAACGGGGUGGACCGACGUGCCCUGCAGCGCACGGCUAGGCUGGGUCAAGAAGUGCUGGAGCGGGCCAAGAGGAGGGCGGUGGACUGGCAUUCGCGGGAGCUUCCCAAAAGCGGCGUGGGGGUCACUUCCCGGGAGCGGCCCUACAGAGAAAGACGGCCCGCAGCUGGCCCCCAGCGCCUUCUCCCGGGAGAGAGAGAAGAAAGACAACCAACCCUAAGUGCUUCCUUCAGAACAAUGGCAGAAUUCAUGGACUAUACUUCAAGUCAGUGCGGGGCUGAGAACACCUCUAAGGACCUCUACAUAGAAGUAUAUCCAGGGACCUAUUCUGUCACUGUGGGUACAAAUGACUUAACCAAGACUCAGGUGGUAGCAGUCGACUCGGGACAAAGUGUGGACUUGGUCUUCCCCGUAUGAUGUGGACCAUCAUGGCUAUCCCAUCACCUUUUUUUUAAGUAGCAAGAAGAAUAAAGUCACUGUAUGAUUCUUUUCAUAUUUACCCAGUGAUCCUGCUUUCAGGGCUGACUGUAGAGGGUCAGCCUUCCUGGGAAUUGGAGUUUGUCUCUUUCAGUGCCUAUUUUAACUAAAACGUCUAGAAGCCCCCCUCACCCCCACUUUCUGCUGAAAGUCAUACUGUAAUGAUGCUGUCUCAAUAGUUUUUAACUGCUUACUGGAAUUCCAGGUGAAGUCUACUUAUGAUAAUAAAGGGAGCGAUUUUGGAAA